AUGGCCAGCUCAACCGCUUCACCCGCCACGCUCCCGAGCACAAACAAGGCAGCCUACAUCACCGCGGCCAAGGCCCACCCGCUCCAGGUAUCCAACACGCCCAACCCGGUCACGCUACCUUCCCAGCCCAACGAGCUGCUCAUCCGCAACCACGCCGUCGCGAUGAACCCCAUCGACUGGAAGAUGCAGGCCUGGGCCCACAUCCCCAUCGCCUACCCGGCCAUCCUGGGCAACGACAUCGCGGGCACCGUCGUCGCCGUGCACCCGGACGCCACGCACGGGUUCCGGCCGGGCGACCGGGUCCUGGCGUGCCCGCACGGCUUCGACACCAAGAAGGACGAGCACAAGGGCUUUCAGGAGCACACGGUCGUCCUGGCGGAGCUGACGGCCCGGCUGCCGAGCUCCAUGUCGUUCGAGGAGGCCGUCGUGCUGCCGAUGGGGAUCGCCACGGCCGCGUCGGGGUUUUUCAAUCCCGAGCUGCUGGGUCUGCGGUUCCCCACGCUGCUCUCAGCAGGUCAGUCCAGCACAGACGGAAAGAAGGAGGAGAAGCAGAAGCAGGAGGAAGUGCUCCUAGUGUCGGGCGGUGCCUCGGCGGUCGGCGGCAACACGAUCCAGCUCGCCGCUGCGGCAGGGUACACGGUCCUGGCCACGGCGUCGCCCAAGAACUUUGACGCGGUCAAGAAGCUCGGCGCCACGGCCGUGUUUGACUACAACCGGUACCCUGCCGCCGCCGCCAACGAAACCCCGGGGGAGGAAAGCAACAGCGAGCUCGUGACCGACAUCCUGGCGGCCGUGCCCGCGGGCGCGGUGGUGGUCGGGGCCUUUGACGCCGUGGGCAAAUCCGGCUGGCACAUUGCCGCCGAGUUCAUGGCCCGCGCCGUGGAGGCUGGUAUCGUCGCCGAUCGCCCGGGUGCCGAGGCUGGUGCCGGCAAGGUAUUCGUCGCCACGGCUUCUCCUGACUGGUCGACGCCGACACCGCGCAACGCCGAGUUGAAGGCCAUGUACAGCCUGUCCAUCAUUAGGUCGGACAUUGCCCGGAAGGUGUUCAACGAGUUCCUCGAGCCCGCGCUGGCGCAGGGGCAGAUCAAGGCAUGGCCGGAGCCCCUGGUCUUUGGGCACGGGCUGGAAAAGGUGCAGGGCGCGCUGGACUUGUUGAAGGAUGGCGAGGUGUCGGGGCAGAAGGUGGUCGUGACUCUCUGA